AUGGCCGAGGGAAGGUUCGCUUCUGUUUACUCAUUUGAAGAAUUCAUUUUAGAACACGAAAACAAAAAUACCGCUCAAAAAACUGAAAGAUUGCUUGAAAGAUUUUCGAAAACGAAGGACGAAGACAGGAAAAUUGAAGAUAUUCCAGGGGCUGAGUUGAAUGAAUUCAUUAGCGAAUUUAUUAUCUCCGUACGCACUAAAGAUGGCAACAAGUACGAGCCGACUUCGCUUCGAAGUUUAAUGGCCAGCUUCGAACGACAUUUGAAGAAAAAGGGCUAUUCUGCCAGCAUAAUCAACGACUUGGUCUUUGAGAAAACCAGAAAAGUUCUUCAAUCCAAGCAAAAGCAGCUAAAGAAGCAAGGAAAAGGGAAUAAACCGAAAGCAUCGGUAGCUUUGACAACCGAAGAGUUAAAGAUAUUGUACGAGAAGGGUUUGCUCGGUAUGUGUAGUCCUGAGGCGCUAUUAAACACGCUCUGGCUAAACAACACUCUUCACUUUGGACUCCGUGGGUGCAAAGAACAUCGUGAUAUGUGUUGGGGAGAUGUAAAGCUGAUAUGUGCACUUUUAUUAACUUGUUGUUGA